GGGGACGGGCGCUACGUGGUGUCCAACGCCAAGGACCAGUCGGCCAAGCUGUGGGACCUGCGCAGGCCCUCGGGCCCCGCGGCCGUGGCGGCCUCGCGCCGGGCGGUGGCGCGGCAGAGCUGGGAUUACCGGUGGCAGAGGGCGCCCCGGGCCGCCCGCCGGGCCACGCCCCUUCCGGGUGACGCGUCGCUGGUGACGUUCCGCGGCCACGCCGUCCUGCACACGCUGCUGCGCUGCCGCCUGGCGCCACCGGGGGGCGCCCCCGCGCUGGCGGCCGGCAGCGCCGACGGCACCGUGCUGGUCUAUGACGUCAUCACGGGGCGUGUCCUGCGGCGCCUGGCCAAUCACGGCGCCUGCGUGCGUGACGUCAGCUGGAGCCCCGAGGGGGCGUGGCUCGCCAGCGCUUCGUGGGACGGCACCGUCCGGCUCUGGGAUUAUCGCGGCGAUGACGACGGCGAUGACGUCAUGGAGGAGGCGGGGCCUCGCCGGAAAGGGGCGGGGCCUCGGCGGAAAGGGGGCGGGGCUUGGUAAUAAAGAACGCUCGCUGUGA